AUGUAUGAAUUUACUAAUGCAGGUGGUCACAUUAACCCAGCAGUGACAUUUGGACUUUUCUUGGCACGCAAGCUAUCUCUAACUAGGACAGUAUUCUACAUAAUUAUGCAAUGUUUGGGAGCUAUUUGUGGUGCUGCUGUUGUUAAGGGUUUUCAACCACACCAAUAUGAAAGGCUAGGUGGUGGUGCCAACACUCUCAGUAAAGGUUACUCCAUAGGUGAUGGACUUGGAGCAGAGAUUGUUGGUACAUUUGUUCUUGUUUACACUGUCUUCUCUGCUACUGAUGUCAAGAGAAAUGUAAGAGACUCACAUGUUCCUGUAAGCCAAAAUCAUCAUACAAAUAUUGGAUUUUCAAACUUCAGUUUGACCUCACUAAAAAUUUCAGUUGGAUCAGUUGGAAAUAGACAUGAUAUAGAGAUCACAUUGCAUGAAAUUUCCAUGCCACUCAUCCAUAUUGAUUUUUGUCGUCAAGUAUAUUGA